UCUACAUUAUCUUUGCCAUGGUUUGAUGUUUGCCCUAUUUCUAAAAUCCGAAGUUUCUUUUAACUAUAGAGUCCCAGAUACUCUUGUAGGGUCUCGAUCUUUAGAACUGGCUUCUGGGAUGCAGUUGUUUCAGGAGAAGGGACAUUUUUCUGAUAAUGUGAGUCAUUUAGUCAAAGGUUAGUAUUAUUUCAAGGAAUUAAAUGGCAAAGAAAUCUAGUCAAGAGAUAAGGUUACCACAUGGCAUAUGAAAACUGGGUAUGUAUGGAUAGUAGAUUAAAUCAUGAGGGAAAGCCUAUGGGUUAGCAUUAGAGAGCUAUAUAAAAAGCUUAUUUUCUGGAGGAGUUAAUCCAAGUUUACCCUAUAUGAAUGGGAAAAAAAGUUUAUCUAUGUAAACAGCACAAAAGCUUAUCUGAACUUUCCUUAUCACCUCAGUCUGUUCCUGUCCCAAGGACUUCUUUCUGGUUAGUUGGGUUGAACUCCAAAAAGCAAAAGGGGCUAUACUACUUCACCCUGCAUGAGCGCUACACAGUCUCAUCCAUUUGAGCAGUGUGACUUCCUUGGAUCUGCUGCAUUCAGUGACAAUAUGUUCUUUCAGGAGGAGAGAGGGCAGGGUUUUGGCUAGUAGGCCAGAUUCAUCAGUUGUUUAAACCUGGUGUAUGCUAGCAUAGGCCUUUGCACAAAACCCUUUAGUAGAAAAUGUGUCCAAAGAAAAUAAUCACAAUUUCCAUUGCUUUAGAUUGGAAAGGCAGAGAGGCAUAGGGGGAGUUGCAUUAGAGGAUGGUGCUAGAUGAAUAGGGGAUGUGCCUCAGAAUAGCUGGGAACACUGAUUUAGUACAAUGCUUCAGUAGCCACAAGUGUAGGUUACAAUCCAAAGCUAUUUACUGCAAUGGGAACCCCAAGGAAAUGGUAGUGAUUGAACCAUUACUUGUCUGCCUUUGAGAUGAAUCCUCAGUGUAGUAUAAGGUGCCUUGUCUAAUGGAAGAAAGAUAUUAAUAAGGAGAUGCUGUUUCAUCAAUAGGUAGGCUUGUAUCUAUGACCAUAGGUAUAAUUCCAACCCAUUAUAACCUGUUUGCAGUACAUUUGGGGGAUAGAUAUUAAAAUAUGUGGAGCAAAAUAUCAUCUGAGAAAUCAUGCAAUAAAUAUUUGUGACAGCAUACAAUAUUUUUCACUUGAUUAAAAAUUAUGAAACAAAACAAACAAAAUUCCAAGUUGACUAUCUUGCUAACUAUUUACCCAAAGUAUUUUUUAUUAACCUGAAAAUAAGAUACACACCACUGGAUGUGCUGACACAACCUUAUACUGAAUGAAUGUACAUUAUAAAGGUCCCUGGUUUGUGGAUUAUUACUUUGUCACUUAAAGAAUCAGUCUGUUUUCUAAGCUACUGUUCACAAAGGAGUUUCUUGGCACUGUAUUUUUGAUGGACAGUGGGUUAUUAGGCUGUCCACUUAUUUCAUGAGAAUGUGUACACUUCACUUUUACCUGCAUGCUUCCAGUUGCAAGCCAGAGCAGCUGAAGUGUUAAUAUCUUGUUUUCAAAAUCCACUACUUUUAAUGCUUGAAAGUUCUCCUUAGGUGUGGUGUGUAUAAAGGAGGAGGAAAAGUAGCAUAUACAGCAAAUAUAUUACUCUCUCUCUAACUUAAAUAUAUAUAAAAGAACUGGGCUGAGUGAGAACCCAGCAAAGAGGCUCUGUACUGGUACUCAUGUGCAGGCUGUUUUAUCUUAUUGUCUGGCUUUCAUCAUAGACUCACAUUUCCUACCUGUCACCACAAGGGGUGUCCAGGACACAUUAUGAACGUGCAGCUUCAGUAACCAAGCUAUACAGGGUAGUCUAGCAGUUUAGCCCUGAGUGAUUCUGUGAAAUUGGAGGAGAGAUUCUUGCUGCUGCUCUUCAGGGAUUGCUGCUGUUGGAGGGAGGGGUGGGGGACGACAUUUGGAGGUGUGUAUGCAUGUGUGAGAAGAUGCAGAGUGCAUUUGACUGAGGUGUCUGGGCACUGGGAAGCACUGCAGGAAGAGAGGCAGAGAGAAGAGGAAGCAAGAAUAAGACUGAAGUGCAGAGCAGCUGUUUCUCCUAACACUCUGGUUCUUUUGGGUGCCUCUGUGAAUGUGAACAUGGAUUCUGUCACUGAAAGCUUCUUCAAGCUGCUGUUUCUGUUAUCUAUUCAUGACUGGAACACAAUAGUGGCAGGGAAUAAACACAAUUGUGAUGAUCAGCUGGUGUCUGCCUUGCCUCAGUCAUCAUUCAGCAGUUCAUCAGAGCUGUCUAGCAGCCAUAGUCCUGGAUUUGCAAGGCUUAAUAGAAGAGAUGGAGCUGGUGGUUGGUCUCCUCUUGUGUCCAACAAAUAUCAAUGGCUCCAGAUUGAUCUUGGGGAGAGAACUGAGAUCACUGCUGUUGCUACUCAAGGUGGAUAUGGGAGUUCAGAUUGGGUAACAAGCUACCUCCUGAUGUUCAGUGAUAGUGGAAGGAACUGGAAGCAGUACUGUCAAGAAGAAAGCAUUUGGGCUUUUUCAGGAAACACAAAUGCAGACAGUGUUGUGCACUAUAGGCUCCAACAUUCCAUCAAAGCAAGAUUUCUUCGUUUUGUCCCCUUGGACUGGAAUCCCAAUGGUAGAAUUGGAAUGCGUAUUGAGGUUUACGGAUGCUCAUAUAGGUCUGAGGUGGCUGAUUUUGAUGGGAAGAGUUGCCUGCUAUACAGAUUUAAUCAAAAGCCCACAAGUGCAUUGAAAGAUGUAAUUUCUCUGAAGUUUAAAACAAUGCAGAGUGAUGGGACUCUACUCCACAGAGAAGGACAGAAUGGAGAUCACAUCACACUGGAAUUAAUGAAAGGAAAACUUUCAUUGCUCAUUAAUUUAGGUGAUGCUAAAAUUCGUUCUGCUAAUGCCCAAAUUAAUAUCACCCUGGGCAGCCUUUUGGAUGAUCAGCAUUGGCAUUCAGUCCUCAUUGAACACUUUAACAAUCAAGUAAACUUUACAGUGGAUAAACAUACUCAUCAUUUUCAUGCAAAGGGGGAAUUCAAUUAUUUGUACCUUGAUUAUGAGCUCAGCUUUGGAGGGAUCCCAAUAUCUGGCAAAUCAGGGACGUUGUCACGCAAGAACUUUCAGGGGUGUUUUGAAAACAUUUAUUACAAUGGAGUGAGCAUUAUUGAUUUGGCCAAAAGACAUAAACCUCAGAUAUACAUUGUGGGCAAUAUAUCCUUUUCUUGUUCAGAGCCACAGAUGGUUCCUGUCACUUUUCUGAGUUCCAGUAGCUAUCUAGCUCUGCCUGAUAUGUCUGGACAAGAUGAAGUAUCCAUCGGUUUUCAGUUUCGUACCUGGAACAAAGAGGGACUUUUGUUAUCCAGUAAACUAUAUCAGGCUUCAGGUGGUCUCCUUCUGUAUCUGAGUGAUGGAAAAGUUAAAAUGAGCCUUUAUAAACGAGGAAAACCACAAAGUGACAUCAGUGCAGGUGCUGGAUUAAACAAUGGUCAGUGGCAUUCAGUUUUUUUAUCUGCCAAAAGGAAUCGUAUGAGUAUAAUGGUGGACAAUGAUGGAACCUUAUCCGCUCAUGCUACAGUACCUAUGCAGAUUUAUUCAGGAGAUACUUACUAUUUUGGAGGGUGUCCUAAUAAUGGUAAUGGUUCUGAAUGCAAAAGUCCAUUUGUUGGUUUUCAAGGAUGCAUGAGACUCAUUUCCAUUGGUAACAAAGCAGUAGAUCUGAUUUCCAUUCAGCAAAACUCCCUUGGUAAUUUCAGUGACCUUCAGAUAGACCUGUGUGGCAUUAUAGACAGGUGUUUGCCUAAUUACUGUGAACAUGGUGGUGAAUGUUCGCAGUCUUGGAACAGCUUCUACUGCAAUUGUACAAAUACAGGCUACAUGGGGGCUACCUGUCAUUACUCCAUCUAUGAGCAAUCAUGUGAAGCCUAUAAGCACAGAGGGAACACUUCAGGCUUUUACUAUAUCGAUUCAGAUGGAAGUGGCCCCUUGGGACCGUUUCUUGUGUACUGCAACAUGACAGAUACGACUUGGACAAUUAUACAGCACAACAACACCAACUUAACCAGAGUCAAAAGUGCUAAUCGGGAGAACCCACACGCUGUGUUUUUCAAGUACACUGCCAACCUGGAACAGCUUCAGGCUACAAUUAACCAUGCAGAACACUGUGAACAGGAGCUUGCUUACCACUGCAAAAAGUCACGGCUCUUAAAUAAACGAGAUGGGGUUCCAUUGAGCUGGUGGAUUGGAAGAACCAAUGAAACGCAGACUUACUGGGGAGGUUCUCUGCCUACAGUUCAAAAGUGUACUUGUGGAUUGGAAGGGAGCUGCAUUGAUUCCCAGCAUUACUGCAACUGUGAUGCCGACAGAAAUGAAUGGACUAAUGAUACUGGAUUCCUCUCCAAUAAAGAGCAUCUUCCAGUAACUGAAAUUGUUAUCACAGAUACAGAUCGACCAAAUUCUGAAGCAGCUUACAAGCUUGGGCCUUUGCUUUGUCGGGGUGACAGAACAUUUUGGAAUUCAGCCUCCUUCAAUACUGAGACCUCAUAUCUUCAUUUCCCUACUUUCCAUGGAGAACUCAGUGCCGAUGUGUCAUUCUUCUUUAAGACUACAGCUUCUUCUGGUAUGUUUUUAGAGAACCUUGGCAUUAAGGACUUCAUAAGGAUAGAGCUGUAUGCUCCUGCUGCAGUGACCUUUUCAUUUGAUGUGGGAAAUGGACCUAAUGAAGUUACAGUGCAAUCACCCACUCCCUUAAAUGACAACCAGUGGCAUUAUGUGAAGGCUGAAAGAAACAUCAAGGAGGCAUCAUUACAAAUAGAUCAGCUUCCUCAAAGGACUCACAUUGCUCCAUCUGAUGGGCAUAUCCGUUUGCAACUCAACAGUCAGCUAUUUGUAGGUGGGACUGCAUCCAGGCAGAAAGGAUUCCUAGGAUGUAUUCGCUCUUUGCAGUUAAAUGGAGUAGCCCUUGACUUGGAAGAAAGAGCAAAGAUAACUCCAGGAGUUGAACCAGGUUGUCCUGGACAUUGUAGCAGCUAUGGUAACCUAUGUCACAAUGGAGGAAAGUGUAGAGAGAAAUACAGUGGAUUUUCGUGUGACUGCACAUUCUCUGCUUACACAGGGACAUUCUGUAAGAAAGAGAUGUCUGCCUAUUUUGGAGUCGGUACCUCAGUGACAUACAAUUUUCAAGAAUAUUACACCUUAACUAAAAAUUCUAGUUCGCAUGCUUCUUCUUUUUAUGCUGACAUGACCUUGAUCAGGGAAGCAAUCACAUUUACCUUUCGGACAACAAGGACUCCAAGCUUACUGCUUUAUGUGAGCUCUUUCUACAAAGAGUAUCUCUCAGUUAUUCUUACCAAAAACGGAAGUUUACAGAUCAGGUACAAGCUAGAUAGCCAUCAAGAUCCUGAUGUCUUUAGCAUCAAUUUCAAAAGCAUGGCCGACGGGCAGCUUCACCACGUGAAGAUUAACAGAGAGGAAGAGAUGCUCUUUGUAGAGAUUAACCAAAAUGAAAGGAUGAAAUUUAUUCUGUCUUCAGGUACAGAAUUCAAUGCAAUCAAAUCUCUCAUACUUGGCAAGAUUUUAGAAAAUAGUGAUGUAGAUGAGGAGACUAUGAAGGCAAACUCUCAGGGGUUUAUUGGAUGUCUCUCUUCAGUGCAGUUCAACCACAUUGCUCCUUUGAAGGCUGCAUUGCACCAUAGCAGCUCAGCCCCAGUCAGUGUAAAGGGACGCUUCACUGAAUCCAACUGUGGUACUUUAACUGGAGCUGACUCAACAUCAAGUGAAACAACCCAUUCAUUUGCAGAUCAUUCUGGACCAAUAGAUGAGGGAGAGCCCUUAGCUAAUGCAAUCAGAAGUGACUCUGCAAUUAUUGGAGGUGUGAUAGCAGUUGUGAUAUUCAUCCUGCUUUGUAUUGCUGCCAUAGCCACACGCAUUUAUAAAAAAAAAAGCAUAUAUAAGAAAAAUGAGGCAAAAGGAUCAGAAAAUGAGGACAGUGCCGAGUCUGCCCUGAAAAGUGAGCUCAGCAUGCAAAAUACAGUCAACGAAAAUCAAAAGGAAUACUUCUUCUGAUUGGCACUUAUGAUUUAAUUUAAUAUAAUAAUGUCACAGUCUGACUUUCUUGCUAAGCCAGGGGCUCUCAAUGGACAAAAAAGCUCUUGCACUCAAAGUAAAUGCAAUGGAUUUGAGACCUAUUAUACUGCAUAUGUUCAGUCUCAGUGAUUGCUAUAGGAGGCCUCUUUAAAUUACAUGCAUUCCUUAGCUAUUAUACCGUAAAUGCAUUUUAUGUAACAGUGAAUUAGAUAUUGUAACCAAUUUCAUUGUUGAUAGUUUCCGACUGUUCUGAUGUGACCUUCUGCAAUUGAAGUUUAACGUGCAUACUGAAUAUGAUUUUUUAAUGGGAAAAUUGUUAUGAAGUGAUUGGCCCCAUCCUUCUCUCUAAAAUCUAUAAUUCAGGACUUUUAUUCAAGGUAAAAAGUUGGAUUAUAAUGUUUUGCUUUACUCAAGAAAGUAUUCUGUAUUGCUCAAUAGUGACGCCCACUGACUUUCUGAUAUCGAAAAUACCCUUUCAACUAGUGUUGGCUAAUGUCAACAUCUACAGGUGCUCAAAACUGAACAAAACUGUUAGUUUUUUCCUAUGAGGAGACCUCUGUAGUUAUUAUCUGAUCAGUAUUUAAUCUGGAUGUGGAGAGUGGGGUAAUUUUAUCAAUUUUGCCCCCUUUAUUCAAUUUUGCCUGAUAUGGCUGAAGUCUUCAGCUACUGAACUGAGUUUUAAAGUUUGCAAGUCUAUUGGGGCCUAUGUGGAAGGGUGCACUGAGUGCACUGGUAUGUUAUACAAUCCCUUUUUGUAAUAUAUUUCCAUGCAUGGUUUAGUGGUGGCAGCAGGUUAUAAUCUAACAUCUGUAUGCAUUGUUGCAGAAUUAUGCCUGCUCAAGUUCAUGCCGUUCAUUUAAAAAUAAGAGUAAAAUAUUCAUGUUUGGUUUAUAAUUAAUAAGAGCAGCAAAAGUUGUGCAAGCAGAUUUUGUGCAUGACUUGGCAAAUAUUGGAAAUAAGAAAUGUAACAAUGCUGCUUAUGUGUAAUUGUUUCCAUUCACUACAAAGGGUAUACUCUGAAAACAUAACAUGUGUGAUCCUCCCCAAAUCUCAAGCUUAAUUUCCAUACAGCAAUGGAAAGACGUUUCUUUUUAUGAUACUGGCAAGAUGAGAUAUUUGAAAACUAGUACACUUGCUGAUAAGCUAACUGCUCCCAUUAACAGCACCUAUUUUACCAUAUUUACUCAAAUCUAAGAUGACCCUGACUUUCAGAUGCCCCCUCCCCAAUAAUUAGAUUCUAUGUAUGGAAAAUGUAUGUAUUUUCUAUAAUUGUCUAGGUAAUCUAAUUAUUGAAAGUUAGUCUUGAAUUUGUACCAUGCCCCACUCCCUGAGUAGGGAAAAUAGUGGCUGGGAGGGGGGUGUCAGGCAGUCCCCUUGCCCUCUGUGCCCCUCCUCCCCAAUUAUUUAUUCCUGUAGCUCCUUCACCCUCCUUCCUGUCAGACACUGCUUGGGCUCUGUUCCCUCCCUGACCACAUGCCUGAUGCACAUGGGAGUAAGGGGAAGAAGGGGCAGAAACUGGUGAAAACAAGCAGAAAGUACCUUAAAAUGCAAGGGACCAAAACAUAUUGACUUUAAAAUAAGUAUAGUUGUAGUGGUUUGCAUUACUAUGGGUCCGUAGUUCCUCAAAAAUUGAUGCAUUUUAUCUUUUUUUCAAACUGCUGCGUUUCAGCAAAGUUACUCCAUAAACACACUUUUGAGCAGCACUUUUGUACCUACUUACACAUAGUACAAACUAUUCAUGAUAUUAAACCAAAGCCAAAAUGCUCAUUAUUUAUUACUUAGUUCAUUGGGUUGGGCCUCAGCAGAGUCAACAGUGUUUCAAACCAUGGUGACUCCACAUCCCAGCACUGCUCAUUGUAUGUACUCCAGAUACUACCCCUCUUCCCGCAAAAGAUAAAUGUUCUAAUUAGCCUCCCAGUUAUCUCUGGAACCAGGUUUUCUUUUCCUGAGUCCCUCCAAAACGUAUAUGCAGAUGAGGUGCAGGGCACCUGUCACAUGUGACUGGCCAAGAGACAGGCAACAUUGCUUCUCAUCUACACAGAUAUUUGGUGAUAUUUACCAAACAUUUAAGGCUGGUGAAGAAACAAAAAUUAUUGGGAAUGAGAAAGAAUGGCACUGGUUAGCUUUGGGAAUGAAGAGGAAGUCUAAAUAUGAUGUAGUAGUUCAUCAUGUGCUUAAAAAGUGUUGGUGCUGAUAGGGAUCAAUCACAAUGGACAUUAUAUCUUAUUCAGGUGGACUGCACUAAUCUAGUCUUGUGGUAGGUUCUCAUCUAUAUGUUUGCUCAAUAUGGGUCAUAUGUUUUACAGAUAUGCUCAGUUUCAGCUACGUUAAAUCAACUUCAUAGUUGGUUUCCAUUACUGAGCACAUUCUGCUUCUGGCAUCAGUUUAGUGAUAGAUAAUGUAUUUAAUGAUAUUUUUUGUAUGCAAACGUAAGAAGGGAAGUUUUUUUCCUGUGCUGAUUGGAGGGAAAUCCUCAUCUUACAUUUGAGUAAAUAUGGUAUUUCUUAUUGGGUAAAUACUGCCUAACUGUAAAUUACUGUUUAAGCCAAAUGUAGAAUCACUAGUGUAGAAGUUUCAAAGUGUGGCCUCCAAGAUUGAGCCAUAAUUUUACACACACAAAUUAUUAGACAUUGUUUUUAGAGAAUAAAACUUUAUGCCCCUCAAGUUUGAUUUUAAGCAAGCAAAUAGCAUUUCUGUUUGUUGUCUUGAAACUCAGAAAGCAGAGUUCCAAAAGCAGUCAGAGCUGCCCUAACUUUUCUCCUGUUAAAUCCAAUGCUAAUUGAUUUAGUGGGCUUAGAGUUAGAGCAGCACUGAACACUUUUUCAAAUCUCUCCGCAGUUGUCCACAUACAAAAAUCUUGGGCAAUAUGGCCAAGGUUUUGCAUAUCCACAGUUGCCUCAAAAAAACUGUGGGUAGCAAUGUAGAGAUCAAAUUAAAGCCUUUUUGAAAAUGUGGCCUUUUAAAAGUUGGUUUUCCUUCUUAAAUUAUUGCCUUUUAUUUUUAGAAUUUAAUAGUCCCUUUUCUACUUCUUCUUGUAAAAUGCUUGUUCAUUUCUAAGGGCAAAUUCCUUCCUUUUUGGUAACACUGGGUCCUCUCCGGUCAUGCAGCCUUCAAGCUGAGGCAUACAGUCCCACACUGUUCCUGUCCUUUUGCAGGGCUGAGUUUCUCCUAUAUUUCUCAGUUCAUAAUUAUUAAGCAUAAUUUAAUGGCAGUGAUAACUAGUCUAGUUUUAAUGCUUCCCCUUUGCUAGCCCCACCUCUUCUGGCUACUCUUAAAUCCCUUUUAAAACAGAUUCCCUCUACCUCUUUCCCACUUUUACAGACCUACUCCAAAAUGUAUGGAAUGGUGAUCCUUCCAUCUGGAGUUCAGAUGAGGCCCUUUCUCAUUCAUGAACCUGCCCUUCCUUAUUGCUUUAGUGUGCUCUUAUGGUUUGCUUCUGUCCAUCUAUAUGCAUUUUCUGUAUCAAGGAGACAGUUGGUGUAGGAGCCACAUUAGUCUAUAUAAAUAUUUAUCAAUCAGAGGUGCAUUAGUAAUCCUAUGGAGCAGGACUAGACUGGGAUGCAUAAUGCUUAGCAUGCUGCCACCACAAUGGCUUAUUAAAUUCAAUUAUAAAAGAGACAGUAUGCCAUAUGGGCACUUCCCUGAUACUAAUCAAGUUGGAACUGGGAAUCCAAAGUGUAACCACACCAGGACAAGUUGGAAAUAUGCAAAUUUAACUUUCCAGUUUCAUGUUGUUUCUUCUUUCAUUUAUUUGUGUUAAUUCUGGUUUUGUGUGUCUAAAUGGAGAGAAAAGUUUCUUUCACUUUAUUCUAACAAAAGAAUGAUUUCCUUUCACUAUUCUUUGAAGUCUAUUUUUUUUUUUAGUAUUAGGUAGGCAAUAGCUCAGUAAAGGACCCAAUUUCUCUUUAUAAUUAAAAAAGGAAAGAAUAAAUGUCUGUAUGAAUGAUACACUAUUUCUCUCAAAGAAACAUGUUAUGGCAUUUUAUUGUGUGAAGAAUUCUAGAGAAAAAGAGAGAUGAGUUUUGUUGAAUGCACAUUUGGCAUGUGACAAACAACAAUGGCAUCUCUUAGAGGGAACAAAUGCCCAUUUUCAUCCAUUGAAAAUGUAAUCAUAAAUUCAGCAUAUUGAGUCCACAAUAUGCAGGUUCAAAAUCAGUGAAGCAGCAUUAUCCACUAUUUCCUGCAUUCUUAUAGGUACAACAAAAGGGUGGCACCAAAGUGCACUGAUACAUCAUACACCAUUAUACUGUCCCUUCUUAUUAUAGUAUGUGACUUUUCACCUCUCUGUUAAUAAACAAACAAUUUUUAAACUAAA